AUGCGGGACUUCCAACGUACGGAAUUGCUGGAACGUCGUGAAGCGAAUACAUUAUCCUAUCGUUUGUUGGCGCCGGGUCGCGUUCAAAUCAUGUGGACUUAUCCAAGCUCAAUUGCACCGUCUGUCACUGGCACGACAUUGGUUUACGCAGAAGAUCGUGAUUUACCGCUGGAGCGAUGGGAGCGGAUUGAUUUGGUUGAUCCACAGCAGGUAAGCUUACAUGUGGUAGGUUCUUUGGAGGUAACUCAUCUCACUUAG